AUGGGGCUACCGGGUCAGUUCUCAGCGCAAAUCAACACCAAUGGCACUCUGGUCCGCCUCGUGGAAGUCAGCGGUGCCGACGGAGCGGUCGACGGUACGGUCACGCUGGAUGACGAAGCGGCCAACAGUCUGGCAGUUGCAACACCGCCGUUUGCCGGAAGCUGGCGCCCCACGGUUUCAGAUCUGGAUUUGCUGGACGGACUGAGCCAGGAGGGAACUUGGACGCUUCAAAUUGAUGAUGUCUUCGUAAAAGACACAGGUUCGCUUGUGUCCUGGAGCCUCACCAUCGAGACAGGCGGUGUCGCAGCCCUCGUGGACGAGGACGACUUGCCGGCCGGCAACAUGGACAGCCAGCCCGGCGAUGCAGCCACUGUGACGAACGACAGUCUCGAUACGGAUGGUGACGCGACGACCGUUUACGGCGAACUGGCGAUAUUCUGGGGGGCCGACAAUGAGAACUCCGUUCCUGAUGGUGGAACUUCAGCCGGAAACGGCGAUCGUGCAGUAACCUUUGUCGAAGGCGACGGUGGCUCAGUCGACGAGCUUGUUGCGCUCGGCCUGACAUCCAACGGCGAGGCACUCAGCUACACGCUGAACGCCUCUCUCGACAUCUUGACGGCGACCGCCGGCGGGCGCGUCAUUUUCACGGUCGAAUUGUUCGACACCGAAAGUGGCUCAUUCAAGUUCGAUCUGGAGGAUUCUCUCGACCACCUUGAAGGUGCCGACGAAAACGACCUGAUUCUCGAUUUUCUCUACGUUGCAACGGACAGCGACGGCGAUACGUCGACUUCGACAUUUUCUGUCGGUGUUGACGACGACACGCCGGUUGUCGGCGAUGGGGUUGAAAGAGCCACGCUAGACGAAGACGACAUUGUCAGCUUCUUUUCGAUUGGUUCGGAGCCCAGCGACGGAAACGCCGACGGAUCCACAACGGGCUUUGCCGAUAUUGUUGGUCCGGCAUUUGCCGAGGGGUCCCUUGCGGCCCUGGUCGACUUCGGUGCAGACGGUCGUGGAGAUACUGGCGGAUUUUCUUUCUCCCCAACCGCUGCAGCGGACAUGGAAGCGCUGGGCCUUCAGUCUCGCGGAGAAGUGCUUUCCUUCGCUGUCACUGAAAUCGCGGGAUCCUCGUUUCUCUUCGGUUAUGUCGAUGAGGGCGACGGAAGUUUCGAUCUGUUUGUCGACCGUCCGGUCAUCAGUCUUCAGCUGGAGACGGAUGGCGACUACGCAGUCCGGCUUCACGAUCAGCUUGAUCAUGUCUCCGGGAACGGACAAAACUCGGUACUUGAUACCGUUUCGGGAUCGCUGAGCGAGAUAGAUUUCGGCGCGGUUAUCGAAGUCAUGGAUGCUGAUGGCGAUGGUAGUGGCCUUACCGGCAAACUCCUUGUCGAUGUAACGGACGACGUGCCGGUUCCGGAAAUUGCCGUCGUCGACUACGUUCGGAUUGACGAAACCUACGGGCUUCACAGCGACAAUGUCUUCGAUCCAUCGACAGGAGAGUUCGAUCCGGAGAUCGUUGAUCUGUUUUCCGACGUAACGUCGACAGGUAGCGACGCAGACCUGCCGGGCCCGAUCUAUGCCAGCUUUGGUGUCGUCGGCUUCGACGCUGCGGGCGGCGCGGAUGAUGAUCCGAGCGUCGAGCUUUCCCUGCGCAUCGACGAUCCGGCAUCCGGGAUCACGACGACGGACGGCAAGGCGAUCACGCUUUCCAUGGAAGGCGACCUCGUUGUAGGACGAAUUGACGGGGAUGGUGAUGCAGCGUUUGCCAUUCAUCUCGAUGAAGACGGAAACGUCAGCAUCGCGCAAUAUCUGUCACUCAAACAUCCUGACCCGACAAGUUCUGACGAGCAUAUCUCGCUGGCAGGAAAGAUUUCCGCGGUUCUGACCGUUACCGAUGCGGAUGGCGAUACCGUUUCGAAUGACGUAUCGAUUGGCGCAGACGUCACGUUUGACGAUGACGGUCCAACUGCUUUCAGGCGCGGAUCAGGCGUUGCGAAAAAUGAAGCAGACACCGAAACUUCGAUUGUUUCCGGUCAACUUCAGUUCGAUGGCGGUGCGGACGGAGCAACAGUAACCGGGAUCACUUUCAUUUCCGAUGGGGAUUACAUCCGUACGUUUGAUCCGGAUGCCAGCGGUGCUGACCGGCGUGGAACGCUUUCAGCAGACGGCGUACCCGUCAUCUGGUCCAGUUCGACGGAUGCAGGCGGUGUGAUAACCGUGAAUGCUGUUCUGGAAGGAACCGCAACCAAGGCCUUUGAACUCGUCGUAAACCCGGAUGGAAACUACACCUACGAGCAGUUUGUCGGUCUCGAUCAUCCUGAUGCAGGAGAGACAGGACGAGCGGACCAGCUGAUAUUCCGCAUUCGCUUCACCGUAACGGAUGGAGACGGGGACACCGAUGCUGCAAAUGCAACAAUCAGGAUUCGCGAUGGCGGUCCGGAAAUCGGUACUGUUGACGAUACUGUUGUAGAAGAAGACGGCACUCGUACGCUGGAGUCCAUCGAUCUUGGCAUCGAGUGGGGCAUCGAUGAUGCCAAUGACGAUGAUGGCGCACCUGGCGAUCGUUCGGUCGGCUUUUCCGAGGCGACUGCUGUCGACAACGUGUCCUUUGCCGAUGCGGACGGGGCCUUGACCGAGAUUUAUUCCGACGGUGAGCUUGUCAAUUUCGCGAUCAUCGAUGGCAUUCUUGUCGGAUACGUUGGAGCCGCCGUGCCGGUUGAAGCGACGGAAAGCAGUGUUGUUUUGACGGUGUCACUCUCCGACGAGGGAACAGGUAGCUACGAUUUCGAACUUCUGCAGCCACUUGAUCAUACCACUUCGGUAGGAACGGACCGUUACCUGGACCUGACAUUUUCCUUCAAUGCGACCGACGCUGAUGGUGAUGACAGUGAAGACGGCGCAUUUACCGUGCGCGUCGACGCGGCAGGAACGGUCACUGGCACUUCUGUCGACUAUUCCGGCCUGACAUCCGGUGUGUUCGUUAAUCUGAGCGACGCUGAAAAGACAAUUCUCGGGCAAACGGUAGCAGGGGAAACUGCAACCGACAGAGAUGAUGCUGAUCCUGCCGUUGUCGGCGCCGACAGCAUGGUAGGGAUCGACGAGGCAAUUGGUGGCGCUGGCGAUGAUGUUCUGGUCGGCAAUGACAACAACAACACACUGACGGGUAAUGGUGGAAACGACGCGCUCAACGGAGGCGGCGGGAUUAAUCUGCUUGACGGAGGCGAAGGCACGGAUACAGCAGACUAUUCCAAUAAUUCGGAAGCCGUUCUGGUCAGGAUGGACCUGAACUGGUCUACGGAUCUGGCUAACCAGAGCCUGGGCUUUACGGUUCUGGCGGACGCAAUCGCAGCCGACACGAUUGAUCACGACAAUCUCGUCAGCAUCGAGAAUGUUACCGGCUCUGACUUCAACGACACCAUCUUCGGCGACGGUCAGGCAAACACGAUUUCAGGCGGCGAGGGCAAUGACUUCAUCGCGGGCUUUGGUGGCAAUGACACGCUCAUUGGCGGUGCCGGUAAUGAUGAUAUCUUCGGAGUGCUCGGUAACAACAAGCUCGCGGGCGGCACUGGUCAGGACAGGUUGUUCGGUGGGACUGGAGCCGACGAAUUCGUUUUCGCUGCCGGCGAAGGCAGUGCCUCGAUUUCCGAUGCCGACCAAGUUUUCUUCUUUCAGGACGGGUCAGACAAGAUCACGAUCACUGGCGGAUUGACAUUUGCCGACCUGACGAUCGGCAACGACGCCUUCGGAAGGGCCACAAUAUUCGAUAACGUCAACGGCCAAUAUGUUGCUGUUAUCACAGGAGUGUCGCCGGCAGCACUUAGUGCUUCGGACUUCAAUUUCUCCUCCGAUCCGAUCAUUCUCGACCUGGAUGGUGACGGUGUUGAACUGAUUUCAGCUGAAAACGGUGUCGAUUUCGACGUCAACGCGGACGGAAUUGUCGAACAGACCGGAUGGGUUGGUUCCGAUGAUGGUCUGCUCGUCAUGGAUGUCGACGGAUCAGGGGCAAUCGAGAACGGUUCGGAAAUCUUCUCGGAAAGCUUCAAUGGAGGAUCGUAUGCCGAUUCCCUUGAAGCCCUCGCGUCACUCGAUGACAACGGUGAUGGGGUCAUCGACGCUGGCGACGCCGCUUUCAACGACAUCAAGGUCUGGCAGGACGCCAACUCCGACGGUGUUGUACAGGAAGGCGAGUUGAAAUCGCUUGUCGAACAUGGUGUAGCGUCAAUCGAUCUGGGCGCCCGGUCGGUCUAUCAGGAUGUUGAUGGCAAUACGGUAUUUGCCGAAGGCACUUUCACGAAGACCGACGGAAGCACGGGUGAAUAUGCCGGUGCGGCUUUUGCGGUUGCCAACGUGGACGGCCCGGAUGCUGAAGAAACGACGCGGCAAUCGACGGCAAUUGCCGCCGGAGUUGCUCUGGUGAUCUAUGCAGCGUCCAGUGAUGAGGUUGCAGCGGGACUGACAAGUGUAUCGGUGACCCGGGCAUCCGAACAUGGAGAGUUAACAGUUUCGGACGACUUCACGGUCACCUUCACUUCCAGCGAAGGAUAUGUUGGAGAUGCCUCGGUCGAAAUCGCGUUGAAUUUCGCUGACGGCAACGUGGUAACGCGCGCGGUUGAACUGGAAGUUCUGGCAGCUGACACAGCAGCGACCGGUUCGUCUCCGACAUCCGUUAGCGGCACUGUCGUGGCAGAUAUCCAGGAUCAACCCGAGAACGACAGUGAUAUCAACCCGGUUGAAAACAUCGAACCGGGUGCAAUUAUCACCGGAUCGACCAUCAGAGGUGACGGCGGCGACAAUGUUCUCGUCGGGACCGACGGCGAUGACAUUCUCAUCGGCGGGCUCGGUUCCGAUACGCUGACAGGCGGCGCGGGCGCCGAUACAUUUGUCCUCAAUUCCCUCGCAGAGGCCGAUAUCAUCACCGAUUACGCAUUCGCGGAUGGCGACCGGAUCGAUCUUGGCGAGUUGCUCGACGGGGCAUUUGGACCGGGUGCGGAUGUCGAGGAAUUCGUGCAGGCGCAAAAAGAGGCCGAUGGUGCGAUAACGCUCAAGGUCGACCGCGACGGCGAUGGAACGGCACACGACUGGCAGGACGCGGCGACGCUUCAAGAUCAUGCCUCGAUGGGCGAGACGAUCCGGGUCGUUCUGGACAGCGACGGUAGCGAGGCGCAGAUCCCGGUCAACAUUGGCUGA